AUGCGACCCCUAACCCCCGACGCAUCGCCCGCCGCGGCGCCUCUCGCAGUUGACCUGCCUCCUUACACAGAGUUCCUCAAUGAAACGCAAUGGAAGGUCCUUAUGGCCCUGAUGGAUGCCGUCAUCCCGGCCAUCCGCGUCCAAGACACGGCUCAGCAACAGCAGGGCAGCAGGAUGCAAGAUGACCUUUCAGCCCUGCACCUCUCCAGCGCAGAGUACUCCGAUGCAGCAUCUCAGCUCCGCAACGCGGUCACUCCACUUGACCCAACGGCCGAGCUCAUCGAGGCCUACCUUGCCGAACGUCCUUCAGACAACCCCCUAUUCGCCCAGCUCAUGAAAUGCAUCCUGAGUAACAUUCCUCCAAGCAAACAGCGUGAACUGAAGAUCCUUCUUUCUGUCCUGAGCACCCGUGCGGGUUCCCUAAUCCUCACACAUAGAGCGAGUCCCUUGCCAUUGCUAUCUAUCCAAGACCGCACCAAAAUCCUCCGCUCUUGGGCCACUUCUCCGCUAUGGUCCAUCCGCGCCCUCUUCAAGUCCAUGACCACAUUAGGCAAGCUUGCUUGGCUGCGGAGCACGCCUUAUUUCGCUCCUCUUACCGGCUUUCCUCGUGUCCCGGCUGCUUGGGUAGCUGGCUCGAAGAGCUACCCCUACGAAUUUCUCCAAUUCAGCCCGGGACCGGAUGUCAAGGCUCCAGUCGAAAUCGCUACGGAUGUGGUCAUCGUCGGCUCGGGGUGUGGAGCUGGUGUGGUGGCGCAUAAGCUUGCUACGGAGUUUGGAAAAGGGCUGAAUGUGCUGGUUAUCGAAAAAGGCUGGCAUUUUGAUGCAUCCCAUUUCCCUAUGUCUCAAACAACCGGGUUGGCGAAUCUCUUCGAGGCCGGCGGUGUAAUUGAGUCUGACGACGGGAGCAUCACCGUUACAGCAGGCGCCUGCUUCGGCGGCGGCGGUACCGUCAACUGGAGCGCGAGCCUACAGCCUCAAGACUUUGUCCGGAAGGAGUGGGCGCAAGAACGCAAGCUGGAGUUCUUCGAGACAGAAGACUUCCAGAAAUGUCUGGAUCGCGUGUGGAAGCAUAUGGGUGUGACGGGGGACAAGUUGACGCCCAGUCACGGAAACAAGGUCUUAUUAGAGGGGGCCAAGAGGCUGGGCUACACCGCGAAGAUCGUGCCGCAGAAUUGUGGGGAUAAUGCCCAUCAUGAUGGAUAUUGCACGCUGGGCUGCUGGAAGGGGGAGAAGAAUGGGCCAGUGAAUGGAUGGUUCCCUGAGGCGGCUGAGCAGGGAGUGAAGUUCGUCGAGGGGAUGAAAGUUGAUAAGGUGUUGUUUGACGUGAAGAAGGGGAAGAGGGUAGCUGUGGGGGUUGAGGGUGUUUGGACGCCUAGGGGUGGUGCGGAGCAGGUGAAGGUGGUUGUGAAGUCUAAGAAGGUAGUUGUGAGCUGUGGUACGCUUUGGAGUCCGGUUGUGUUGAUGAAUAGCGGUUUGAAGAACCCACAAAUCGGAAAGAACCUCUACUUGCAUCCCACGAACUUCGUUAUGGGCGUGUUCGAUGAGAAUGUUCAGCCAUGGGAGGGCGGCUGUCUUACCUCUGUAGUCAGCGACUUUGACAACCUAGACGGCAAAGGCCACGGCGUCAAACUCGAAGCCAUCUUCCUCCCCUGGACCACCGGCCAAAACUACAAACUCCAUGCCGCCAAAUACCCCCACCUCAACGCCUUCAUCGCCAUCUGCCGCGACCGUGAUACAGGCCAUAUCUACCGAGAUCCCGUCUCCGGCUGCCCGCGCAUUGCCUACACCCCUUCCGACUUCGACCGCGCUCAUAACCUGCGCGGCAUCAUCGAGCUCUCCCGCAUCCUCUUCUCUUCUGGCGCACGUGAAAUCGUCCCCGCUCUGCCAGGCCUCGAGCCUUUCGUCGUGUCGGCCGACAAGUCCGCGGAUAAAACCAAAGAUGACUUUGAAAAGUGGAUUGCCAGACUGAAGCAGCAUGGCAACAGACCCCCCAGUACACCGUUUGCGUCGGCCCAUCAGAUGGGGACAUGUCGGAUGAGUGCGCGAGAGAAGGAUGGGGUUGUUGAUCCAAGGGGAAGGGUUUGGGGAACAGAGGGACUGUAUGUUGCUGAUGCGAGUGUGUUCCCCAGUGCAAGUGGCGUGAAUCCAAUGAUUACCGUUAUGGCGAUUGCAGAGCAUAUUGCCAGGGGGAUUGUUGAAGAUUUGAAGGGAGAGGGGAUGCAGGCUAAGUUCCUCACGACAGGCGCCGAAAUCAACAACACGCGCAAAGACCAUCGCCUUAAUCUGGCCGCCCAGGAGCGCCGCUACAGCUUCGACGGCCGGAGGUCCACCACCUCAAACUCCAGGGACCUUGACUCGUAA